UACUCCUGUAAACCAUGCCAGCUGAUCUUUAGACCAGAGAACGUGUGUUCCACCAUUUAUGUUCAAAUGGAACUCUUUUGUGUCAGUGUUCCAGCUAGGUCGGGUUAACAGGGCGCGGCGCCCUGCCCUUAAUCUGUAAAUUAAAAAUGCGCCCUGCCCUUUUUUCUUACGCCCUGCCCUAUUUCCACGCGCCCCGCAAUAUGCCCUGACGAUUUUUUUUAUCGUCUUUCAUCCCCGUAACUUCAGCUCCGAACUUUCCGCCCGUCGUUUCUUAAUUUACGUAACUUCCCGCUUCCUAUCUGCUCGCGCAUACCGUCGAUCCAUUCGACUUCCGCCUUACAAUAAACACAGAAAAUUUACAAUGCCUUCUCGCCAAAGACGUAUUCAAGAACUCAGCAAAUCGGCGAAGAAAUGCCACAACAUCUUGUCAAUGUUCAGAGGGAUUGAUUCUGCUCCAAACACAGAUGACGAGUCUGAUGCUGACAACACAUCACGCCCAGCUUCACCAUUCCCAGACAACACAUGUCCAGUAUCACCUUUGCCUAACAUAUCACGCCCAACUACACCUGUUCCAGAUGAUUGCCGAUCACUUCCUAAUCCUGCCUCACCAUUUUUGCCCAUUGAUGUUGUUUACCAUUCUCACACUCUGACAGAAUCACCAGCAGCAUCCCCAGUGAGAAUACCAGCCUGUAAGCGCCGCCUGGAUGAUACACCAGACGGAACUCCGCCAAGGAAGCGACAUACUUCUGGACAUCGUUUAGGUUUCAAAUCUGAAUGGACAGUCGACAGACCAUGGUUGAUAAACAGAACAGUCUGUACUGAUGAAGAGCCCUAUGUGGUCAUGUUAUGCCGUUUCUAAUGGAAAGGCAGCUACCAUCGUUGAUACCAUCCAGGAGGAGAUAACUAGCUUGACCUUGGACUCACAGAAGAUGGCAGGGUUUGCAUCAGAUGGGGCUGCUGUCUUCACAGGAAAACAUAAUGGAGUGGCGAAACGAUUGAAGGACAUCAGUCCAGGUUUAAUCACCAGCCAUUGUAGGGACCAUAGAUUAGCUCUGGCCUGUAGAGACAGUUUCAAAGAGGUCAAGGUAGCCAACAAAGUGGAUGAGACUCUUGAAAGACUGCACAAAUAUUACAAAUACAGCACAGUCCACACUGCCACCCUGAAGGAAGUCCAGAAAGCUUUUGGAGAGCCAACACUUUGUGUGCAGCAAGCAAAACAUCACAGAUGGCUGAGCCACUCCAAAGCUGUGACCUCUGUUGCCAGGAGCUUCAAAAGCCUCAUAACAGAUCUGGAGCAGAACACGAUCUCUGCUGAUGCAGUUGGAAAUGGUAUCUUGAAGCUGAUGAAAGAUCCUGCAGUAGUUCAGACCAUCUUCUUCCUGGCCGAUGUGUUGCCACAUCUUGCAAGCCUUUCCCUGUUUUUUCAGAAGCAAGCAGUCAACAUGGGAAUGGUAGGGGCUGUUGUCCAGAAGACAUUAAAGAGUCUGGAGAUGAGAGGAAAAGAUGAUGGACCAUGGUUGAGGAAACUGGACAGCGUCUUACAUGAUUGUGGCGUGGAUACUCCCGACACCAAGGCCAGAGAAAGUUUCAGGAAACAGGUCAGGGAGCCAUUCAUCUCCACGCUCAUCAACAACAUUGAGAACCGUUUCAAGGACACUGAGGUAAUGGACAACCUUGCCAUUCUGGACACUUCAUCCAUCGAGUCUGCUGGGUGCUUUUAUGGAGUGUCGGAGAUGGAGCAUCUUGCAAACCACUACAGCCUUGAGGAGGAGUCUUAAGUAGUGGAAUGGACAGAUUUCCUCAACUUCAUCACUGAGAGAGAGAGUUCCUGUAACAUGCUGGCAUGCCUCAAACUUUUUCAUGGACAGAAUGACUUGGGACUGAAGGCACUCUUUCCAAACAUUUCCUCACUUUAUGCUAAGGCAUGUGUAAUUCCUCUUAGUACAGCUGAAGUUGAGAGAGUCUUCUCCCAGUUAAAGUUAAUUAAGACAGCUCAUCGUAACAGGAUGCACCAGACCACAUUAAACCGGCUACUGAAUGUGAAAUUGAACUGUUCAUCGGAGAUGUUUGAGGCAGUUCUUCCAGCAGUCACCAGGAAAUGGAUUUGUGCAAAGAAUAGGAGGCUCCCGACUCUCAUUGCCCUUAACAAAGCCAGUGCCUGUUAGACUUCUUGUGACAAAGGAUUUCCCCACUAACAUAUCAUGAAAUGACUUAUGUAGAUGUCUUAUUUAUCAGAAGAACCUGUGAUGGUGAUACAUUUUGAUUACGAUUUAUCAGAACCUGUGAUAGUGAUACAAUUUGAUUAGAAAAAUGUAUUUUCAAAAAUGGUAUUAUAUUUUGAGAUUCUAUGUUUAAUUUUGUUGUUAUCUUUCAUUUCAUGUUAGAUUUAAAUGGAUUUACUAACUUAUGGUGUGUGUGAUUUUAGUAAAGCAGUGAAAGACUGAAUGCACAUUGUGAUAAUAUAUUUUAAACAAUUGUUGAACAGUAAGAUGUUAUUUAUGUAUUGAGCUUUCUUUUGAAUUUGUUACAAAGUAAAUAUGUCAUAUUUUGUUUGAAUGUAAAUUACUUAACUUAUUCUAAGAGGUGUGUGUUUGUGUAGUCUUGGAGAGCUCUGAGAUUGAUAAUGUGAAAGCAUGUUGUUGAAGUGAAAGAUCUUAUAUCUGUAGACUAGUGCUUUAAUUAUAUUGAUUCAGUAGAGAAAGAGUUGAUUAAAAUAUUCCAAGAGGUGUGUGUUUGUGUAGUCUUGUAAACUAGUGCUUUAAUCUUUUACUGGUCAGAGAGAGUGCAAUAUAUUGAUUCAAUAGAGAAAGAGUUGAUUAAAAUACUGUUGUAAGGUAAUGUUUUCAUUGAUGCACUGUUAAUAAAUUUAAUUUUAUUGUUA